CGACGAAUGUUUUGCCGUUCCUUGUAAGAAUGAAGGAGUUUGCACUGAUGGAGACAACACCUUUACUUGUGUCUGUGCUGAUGGCUGGACUGGGACUACGUGUGAGGAUACCGACGAAUGUUUUGCCGUUCCUUGUAAGAAUGAAGGAGUUUGCACUGAUGGAGACAACACCUUUACUUGUGUCUGUGCUGAUGGCUGGACUGGGACUACGUGUGAAGAUACCGACGAAUGUUUUGCCGUUCCUUGUAAGAAUGAAGGAGUUUGCACUGAUGGAGACAACACCUUUACUUGUGUCUGUGCUGAUGGCUGGACUGGGACUACGUGUGAGGAUACCGACGAAUGUUUUGCCGUUCCUUGUAAGAAUGAAGGAGUUUGCACUGAUGGAGACAACACCUUUACUUGUGUCUGUGCUGAUGGCUGGACUGGGACUACGUGUGAAGGUAUCUGACAUGUGCACGGUUAGCAUCGGGAGUGCUACCAACUUUUUACCAAGAAUCUCAAUCGACUGUCAGAGAUCUUAUCUGAUGCCAUAUACCUUCAACAUCCCGUCCACCCAAAUCGUCAAUUGGUGA